CAACAAAAUUCUUAAAAUAAAUAACAAGGUCUAAGGCAUUUUUUGGACAAAUGUCAUUGCAUUUCAAGUGGGCCUGACUCACAAUGAUACAAGCAUAAAGAAGCUGUUCUCAACAUGGGCUCAAGCGGCCCAUCAGAGCCCGUUUAGCGAACCGGUUCAGAAAUUGAACGGUUCUCAUCUCAUCCCAUGUUAACAUCUUCAAGAUACACAGAGAUAGAAGAAACUUGAGACAUUUCCGAAAAUGGCAGUAGCUGCUACUGCUAUUUCUAUUAACUUUCCCCUUUUGCAAUCUACAUCCUCCAAAUUUGUCAACCCUUCUUCAACAAGCUUCUUGCAAUGCGAUUAUCAUGCAUGUUGCGUCAGGGAAGAAUUGAAGAGUCACAGUCACAGUCACAGUCAGAGAAGAGGAAGAAGAAGAGGAGAGAUCGUGUGCGCGUUGCCAUUGGGCGUUGAUCCAUGGGCACCUGUCAUUGAUUCCCAGAGCAUCGCUCCUCAGCUAUUCGCGUUUUCCUUGUUUCCCUACAUCGCUUUCCUCUACUUCAUCACCAAGUCCAAAACUGCUCCCAAACUCACCCUCUUCGGUUUCUACUUCUUGCUCGCCUUUGUUGGCGCCACAAUACCAGCUGGAAUCUACGCGAAGGUGCAUUAUGGAACGUCUUUGUCGAAUGUAGACUGGUUACAUGGUGGGGCUGAGUCGCUUCUCACCCUCACUAACUUGUUUAUAGUUUUGGGUCUCAGAGAGGGUCUCAGGAAAUCUGGAAAUUCAGGUACUAAGUCGAGUUUGAAGGAGGAGGAGGAGAAGGUUUGAUAUAUUGAAUUUUAGCUGCAGUGUUGGCAUUUGCUCUAUCGGCUUAGAUGUCCUAUUGAAUUUCAGCUGGUAAUUGUUAUCUUCUGCUUAAAUCUCUCACUAUCCUUGUAGCAUUGGAGCUAUUUUGUAGAUAAAAUGGAAUGAAAUUCUAGAUUUUGUGUAAUUAUGUCCUUAAUUGGAAUGAAAUUCUAACAAAGCUUUGGUCAGCACUGCCAAA